ACGCGCACACGGCUCAUCAGUAGUCGAUUUUUAGCCUGCUUCCUGUUUUCGCAGUGUCACAGUCUGUUGUUAAGUUGUCGCACUAUAAAAGUCACUAAAAAUAUAUUACACUCCGGUUUGAAAAAACAAACAAACAAAAAAACGUACUUCGUGUGUUCGGUAGGGUGUGGAACACUCAAACGCAGAUGUCACCACGCGGAAGUCGCUCAGCCCCGGCGACUCUCCACCGGCAGGCCUUUCCUCUCACCGACUGAACAUCGCUCCGUUAGCCGUGUUUGGGUGAGUCAAACUCGGCCACGGAGGCGGCAUGGGUCCGGCCCUUAGCUAGCUUCUGUGGUGGAUAGCUAGCAGCUACGAGGAGCUAUGAAUAAGCAGCCGGCUUGAAGAUCACUGCGGCUCAAGUUUUGUUGUCACAAUGAACGGCACUCUACAGACAGACGCCAAGAGACAGAACCUCCUGGAGAGGCUUUUGGAUGCUGUUAAGCAGUGCCAGAUCCGCUUUGGAGGAAGAAAAGAAAUUGCAACAGACUCGGACAGCAGGGUGAUCUGUCUUUGUGCUCAGCUUGAAGCCGUCCUGCAGCAUGGCUUGAAGAAGAGCAGGGGUCUGGCCCUCACCGCCGCCGCCCUCAAGCAGGCUGCUGGCUUUAGCAGUAAGGCAGAAGCAGAGGUCACCUUCUGGUUCUACGUGAAAGAGCAUCUCAACAGGCACGAGCUCCAGCGCUUCUACUCACUCCAUCACAUCUCCUCAGAGCUGGGGCGCGGUCGCGCCUGGCUGCGCUGCGCUCUUAACGAGCACUCGUUGGAACGCUACCUGCACAUGCUGCUGGCUGAUCGACCACGCCUCGGUACUUACUAUGAAGAAUGGGCUUUUCUGCUGGAUGAAGAGCGAGGUAGUAUGCUUCCCACCAUGGCUGCAGGUUUAAACUCCAUCCUCUUUGCCAUCAACAUCGACAACAACGACUUGAACGGAGGGCCAUCAAGAGGAGGCGGCUCCACCAUGACGCACCUCCUCAAGGAGUCCACGCAGGGUAUCGGCAGCCUGUGGAAGGAGUCCACACAAGGGGUUAGCACUCUGCUUCGAGAGAUCAGCACCGCCACAGCCGUGGUUCCGGGCUUCAACCCCAAAGUGUACGGACCCUCUGACCCGCUGCCGGUCCUGCCGCGCAGCACCUCUGCCGAUUCAGGGCUGAGGAGGGAGCGGCGGAGGAAGAAGAAGAUCACCAACAUUAUUUCCUUUGAUGAUGACCUCGAUGGAGGGGCUGAGGAUGAAGAAGAAGGCGAGGAGGACUUCCAGAAGACGAGCAAGAGUCAGGCCAGUCCUGUUCGGAGCAGCGUGGAGGAAGGGCUUGAUCUCCUCGAGCCGUCUCAAAACGGGCUGGUGGACUCGGGUUCCUUGAGCUGGGUGGGGUCGCCCCGUCCUCCUCCUCGUACGCCACCCAUGCCUACGCCUCCCCUGCCAGACAGCAAGAGUAUAGAUAACGAAGAGGAAGAGGAUGAAGAGGACGAGGAAGAGAAGUAUAAACCUAGAGCACACAUCCAGGAGGAGGAGAGGAACAAUAACCAGAUGCUGGUGGGAAGUCUGCCCAGCGUGUCCACAUGGAGCCCCGUGCAGGUCCUGACGGACCACAGCAGCUCAAGCAUCCUCAUCCCCCUCAACGCCGCCACCCCCCAGCCAGUCAACUCCGUGGAGGACUCGGCGGCCUUUCCUGCUCAGUGUGAGUCAGCGGGACCCGCGGAGAGCUGCGAUAGCCUCCGAUCAUGGCUGCCAUCGAAUAUGGACUCCAGUCCGUUGGCGCGGUCUGCUCCCCUCGGCAGCGGGCUGCCAGCAUCUGCUCUGCCAGAGUCCAUGACAGUCGUGGAGCUGCGUCAGGCUAUUGUCGCCAUGAUGAACAGGAAAGACGAGCUGGAGGAACAAAACGGGUCUCUUCGCAGCCUGCUGGAUGGGGAAAUGGAGCAUUCAGCAGGCAUGAGGCAGGAAACGGAGCUCCUGAAGAAGAAGCUAGCUGAGCUGGAGGAGAGACACACGGUGAAGGUCCAAGCACUGGCCAGGGAGAAUGAGGUCCUGAAGGUCCAGUUGAAGAAGUAUGUGGGGGCGGUGCAGAUGCUGAAGAGAGAGGGGAGCCAGGGCAAUGACGCUCUGUCAGUCUUGCAGCUGAGUGAGGAACACACCCCUGCCCCUCCGAGUAAGUGCAUGGGCGACAUUGAGGAGUUGGCAGCCAGCUAUGAACGUAAGCUCAUCGAGGUGGCCGAGAUGCACGGAGAGUUGAUCGAGUUUAAUGAAUGCCUAUACCGCAACCUAAUGGCCAAAGACCACCUCAUUGUGCAGAUGAGACAGGAACUUAUUGAGCUGAGAGGACCGGUUCCAGGGGAUUUAAGCCAAACAUCGGAUGAUCCCAGCCUCUCGGAUUUUGAAACGGCUCAUCGGGCGCUCAUCAACGUGUGGAUCCCUUCUGUGUUCCUCCAGGGCAGAGCCGCUAAUGCCUACCAUGUCUACCAGGUUUAUAUCCGCAUCCUGGACAACGAGUGGAACGUGUACAGACGCUACACCGAGUUUAGGGAACUUCACAACCACCUGAGAUCCCAGUUUCCACAGGUGGACGCGUUCAACUUCCCACCAAAGAAAGCAAUUGGGAACAAGGAUGCCAAGUUCGUGGAGGAGAGGAGGAAGCAGCUGCAGGGUUACCUUCGUACGGUCAUGAACAAACUCAUCCAAACCUUGCCAGAGUUCACGGCCUGCCCCACCAAGGAGACGCUGCUGUCACUGCUGCCUUUCUGUCUGGACACUCCUCAGAAUGAGGGCGGAGCCAAGACGCCCCGGUCCAAAACGUCAUCCCGCUUUCCAAGACUGGGUCGCAGCUCCCACCAUGGAGCAAGACCUGAACCGCAGAGCGGUGACGUUUAACUCUCAUGUUCCUUUUUUGGGUUGUUUUGUUUUUGUUUUCAUGAUGAAGGUGAGGUUGAGGUCACCUGACUUUGAGGGCAUCUUGUGGAACUUUCUGGACAAGAUAGGAGAGUAACGAUUUCUGAUGCCUGAUUGGAGGAUAGAUGGCACAGCACGGACUUCCUGGCCUGCUACUUUUCAGAUGCUGGUUUUAAUUUGACUACGUUUUUGGAGUGUGUGCCUACAAAGUCCAUUAUAGCUGCGAUACGGAUAGACGGGGAGGGAUUCUGUAAGCAUUAUGGUGCCAUUUCAUACCAGCUAAGACUGGCUAAUGUAUCCUGGUUCUAUUUCCUUUAUGUCUAAAUAAUAAUAUCCUCCCAAAAACCACUUCCUACUAAAAGCUGAGGGACGAGGACCACUCAGAUGCAUCAGAGACCCUUAGUCUGGGUUGUUUUACGUCUCGCCGCAUCUUGUCAUGACAAAUUCCAUAUUUAAGAUUUGUUUUACUUGCGUUUCUUAGCAGGAUUGAAUGCAAAUGAAUGUUCAUAACGAAGACUAAACACUUGAAAUGAAGCGGCGCCGUUCGUUACGAGCGCACGGAGAGCCCAGCUGAGCCACAAGUGUGUGUAAAACAGAAGCUCAUGCAUAUGUAGAGCUGGCCCCAAGAGGAUCCCCAAACUGUGGAUUAACGAGGACCCAUCGCGUUCCAAGGGGAUAUUCUGGGAAACUCCAGCCAAAGUGUUACUUAAGGUGAAACACUUCUGCCAUGUCUGACAAGUAUAGAAGACAUUUUUUGUACACGGUGUUCCUCUUUCAAUUAGCUGCUCAAUAAAAUUGGAAAGAAAAUAUCUUCGUUCUUUUUCACCAUUUUGUCGUUAAUUGAUUUAAUGAAUGCAUUAUUCAGAUGUACUGCAGUAUUGGGAAACUUUCAAAAGGUUUUACUCACUCUAAACUCGCGUUGGUACCGUUCUGUAUAUUUCUGAGGUAUACUGUUGAGUGUUAAGUUGCUGUGUGAUGAGUUUAGUGUUAGUAAGAUGAGUUGGUCUGUUAUAUAUACAGCUUGUGAUUGGCUCCUGCAAAGUAAGAGCUACCGCUUCCUCGCCGACUCCUGAGCAGCAUUGAAAUAAUUAGUAGUAGUUCUGAAGUAAAGAAAUUAGAAAGGUGGACAUAGUCUGUAUGGAUACUGUCAUGUCCAUCUUGGCAGCAUCGGAGGCUUUAGG